AUGACACAGUUACCCCAACCAGAUCUAUCCUCUCGCUCUUACCCUUCCCACAUCUCCUCCAUCACCAUUGUCGCCUGCUCCGGCCACGCCGCUGCUUCCGGUGGUUCCGACGACACAAUUCACCGCUACUUACCUGAAAUCAAGAUCUUUCUUCGACUCAUUCCACUUCCAAUUCAAUCGCUCAACCGUCCCUCUCCGGGGAAACUUACCUAA